CGUGGCAGCAUGGAGGAGGUGCUGGGCUUGAGUGGGGAAGUGUUUCCAGGGGAAGCUGUACUGAAGUUCUGGAGUCACGAGGACAAUGCAGGGGUACUGAAAAGCCUUUGGGAAGACGAGGCAGAAAGGAAGAAAAUGAAGUCUCGAGCUCCCCCUCCACCAGGCCAGCCUCCCACAGCUAGUAAAAUCCACAGUGAACAAAAGCCUCCCACAGACGUGGAAGUCAUCCCUGAUCAGAACCUGGUAAACAUGAAGGAAAAUAUGAUAAACAGGAUGGUGGAUGUCACAGUCAUUUUGCCGACUGGAGAGGAACAGAGGAAUACUGUGCAGGGAAGUAAAGCUGUGAUGGAUCUCUUGGUUGAUUUGUGCAGCUGCUACCACUUAAAUCCAGCCCACCAUACUCUUGAACUGAAGUCUUGGGAGUCACAGCAACCUUUGAAUUACAAGCCAAAUACUUUGAUAGGGGUGCUGGAUCUUCAGACAGUACUUCUGAAGGAGAAGGUCCCUGAAGGAAAGACAAAACGACCCCCACCUAAGGUCCCUGAGAAAUCAGUAAGGCUGGUGGUGAAUUACCUCAAGACACAAAAGGCAGUGGUUCGCGUUAGUCCUGAGGUGCCUCUGCAUAACAUCAUCCCUGCCAUUUGUGAAAAGUGCGAAGUCAGCCAGGAGCAUGUUGUCCUCCUGAGGGACAACAUCACUGGGGAAGAGCUGGAGCUUACCAAGUCCUUGGAUGAGCUGGGGAUAAAGGAACUAUAUGCCUGGGAUAGGAAAAGAGCCCCUCCAUCAAAAACUCAGUCUGAACCUUCUCUGAACUAUAGAGAAACAAGUCGAAAUGCUUCAGUAAGCAGUGAUGCAAUAGAAAAAGAAAAAAGAGGAUUUCUGGGUUUUUUCAAAGUUAAUAAAAGAAGCAGCAAGAAGGAAGAACAUUUGAGGAUGGACAGUGAUUGUGGUGAUGAGGAUGUAUUUAGUUCUGCAAAUGAAAGGAACAUGGAUGGUUUUUCAACUGCACCAAAUUCCCCUUCGGUGAUGUCACGUUCCAUUACACUGGGUCCAUCACAAUCUCUUGGCAACAUCUCGGGAAUGACGGCAAACCCAGAAAUCAAGAAACGCAGAGCUCCUCCUCCUCCCACGGUGACACCGCAGUUGCAGGACACAGAGAGGAAUGGCCAAGAAAAGACAGCAGCCCAGAUUUUACAAGGGGCAUCAUCGCAGAAUGAUCUGCAGAAAAAAAAGAGACGUGCGCCUCCACCCCCAACUCCAACUCCUGCCAUGCCAAAUAGGACUGAAGAAAAGGAAGACAAGAGAAAGAGCACAGUCGGUAAUGGACGACAGGUGCCACAAAAGCCUCCUAGAGGCAACACACGUGGUCCACCCCAGUUAGUGAUUCCCCCACCCCCACCUUACCCUCCUCCUGACAGAGAUAUUAUGGAUCCAACUGUCUGUUACAGUGAAGCAGAUGUAACGGCAUCAACAAAGCUGAUACCUAAACAGAGCCUACAACUCACACAAGAAUAUAUAUAUAUUGUGGAUGAUGUGGUCCUGGAACUAUCAGAGCUAGAGGAAACAGCCUCAGUAAGCAGCUGCUUUGCAUCAGAAGAUACCACUGAUGAUUCAGGGGUCAUGAGUUCUCCAUCUGAUAUUGUGUCUUUGGAUUCACAAAAUGACAUCAUGAAAUUAAGAGAGCGAUCAGCGAAUGGUCAAGUGGACACGGCUGAAACAGAAAUACCUCAUGCUGCAGAGUUGUACCCAGUAAGAAAUGCCUCCUGUGAUAGCAAAAAAUCUGGAAGCACUCACAAGAGCUAUCAGGAGGAGAAAAGUACACAACAACAAAAUAGCCUAAAAACGAAAAUGGAGAAGUUCAUUAUAAUCAGUCCCCAAAACAGGAGGAAAAAAACCAAAAUGGACAUGCAAAGGGCUACUUCAAAUGGGCAACAACCACAGUUCAGGAAACAAAGAUGGAAUGGUUUCAGUAGAGAUGAAAUGGCUGCCUCUAAGAGUGACAAUGAGGAUGACAUUGCUGCACGACUCCAACCGACUUUGGUUGAACUGGAUGACAAUUUAGGGGCACUGGAAGCUGGACAUUAUGACACAGAUAGUGAUUCCAUAUUCAAUCACGUAAAUGAGGUGUUAAGCCCACGUACAAGCAAUGUCAACACCGCUCAAGUGCUUGCCUGUUCUGUUCCAGUAACAGUCAUAGAUGAGGUUCCAAGAGUUAAUGACUUCACAGCACCUCGAAACAAAGAAAAUGCUCUACUCCCUAAUGAAGAUGGCAUAGAAGAUUUCUCAGUUGACUCAGUUAAUGUAGGAAACUUUACUAAUAAAAAUAACAAUGCAGGUUCUUUUGAUAAGGACCAUGUGGACAGCAGAUCUCUACAUAUUUCAAAAGAUUUAAUACAUCAGAAGUCAUCUGAAAUUGAUUUCAAAUCUCUGCCUAUAGGACAAAGGAGAGAUAUGUUUGAGUCUCAUGUUGUCUCACUUGACAAAAGAAAUGAGAAAUAUCUGGGGCUAGAAAGGAUCUAUAAAAAUGAUGUUAGGUCCAAGGAAUGUAGACCUAAGUUGAUUUCUUCUGACCUCAAGCCUGCAACUGAAAGCAGUGCAGAGAAAGAGAGACCCAAUGUGUUUAAUGAAAAAAAUAAUCUAGAAAGAUCUCAAAACAAAAUAAAAACAGAAUUGGAAUUCAGGCAAACUUCAGCAAAAAACGCGGAAGAGAAAGAAGAUACUCAGUCAGCACCCAUGUGGUGUCAGCGUGCUCAUAGUACGUAUACAGUAACAAGCUAUGAACCCAGAGUAGGUCUGACAACCUUUAAAAUUGUCCCUCCCAAACCUGAAAUAAAACAUUUUGAUAAAGGUACAUCUCUCUCCAGUGGUGCCAUUAAGAUAGAUGAGUUAGGCAAUCUUGUAAGUCCAAAUGCUGGUGAUGGUAAGAACAUACCAGAUGCUUCUACCAGUGAAAUGGAGGAACCUUUCAUUGGGAGAAUAAGAGCAUUCUGGAGGUCACACUCUAUGGAAAAGCAACAUGAUGAGUGCAUAGAACAUACGUCUAAAAAGACAGUAGCUACCACAAACUCUAAACCUUUUACUGUGAAACCUGAAAACACACCUCUCUCUCCCACAGAUGUAAAACCAGUACCACCAGAAACAUUUGCAUCCAGGGUGACUAAAAGGUCUUUUGAAACUGAAAAAAUCAAACAGCCUUAUGCAACCACACAGUCUCAGGUGAAAACAUCCAUAGCUCCAGUACUGAACAGGAACAAGACAGAGUUCCCAUUUCUAAAGCCUUAUAGAAGAACUUCAAGCCAAUAUGUUGCUUCUGCCAUUGCAAAGUAUAUUACUUCACCUACAUUUAAGGCUGACUCUACACUCAGUCAUGACAAAGAAGAAAAUAACCAUGAAGAGAGAGGAAUGAAAAUUGAAGCAGAACAUUCCCCCCAAAAAAACAUUAUUGUGGCCAAAAACAGCCCUUUGGAAGAAACACAAUCAAUAGAAACAAGCAAAGAUUAUUCAAAUAUUUUUACUUGCAAUCAGAAAGCAUCCAACAGGUUUACACUUGGUGAUAAUUUUGGAGAAGAAAACAAAGCUCGAAAUGUCAGGGCACUGAAUCAAGCAACUCCUGUUGGCUUCUAUAAAAAGAGUGUCAAUGUACCACUUACUAAAACCUCAGUGAUGAAUAACAGUUUUGCACAAGAUGAUCACAGGCUUAACAGCAAACAAAAGACAAAGCCUGUAUUUGAUCAGAAAUCUGAGCAUAGGGACCAAACCAAUUCUUCCUCACACCUCAGAUCACCUGGUCUCCAUGUACCCAGCUUCUCUUCUGGUUCAUCUUUGAGUGCCACAAAAUGGCAGGUUGUGGACAAGCCUCCUGGAAACUCUUUAAAAGUCUCAUCUGAGUUAAACAUUGCAUCUGCUAACAACAAUGGUGAUUUAGAAAGAGAAGAGAAACCCAAUGGUAUAUUACUGGGUAAUGUCAAUGAGUCUGAUAUCACUGUACAAACCAAUAUCUUUGGGCCAAAGAAGAAGUUCAAACCAGUUGUUCAGAAACCAGUUCUAAAAGAUACAUCUCUGCACACUGCACUAAUGGAGGCCAUUCAGACCGGAGGAGGAAAAGAAAGACUGCAAAAGAUUUCAGACAGCAUGAUGAAUGGAAGUCAGCAGAAGCCUUCACAUAGUGAGCCAGAAAAUGAGCGGUCAGCCCUGUUUGCAGCAAUUAGAGGUCACAGUGGCAUCUCAGGGCUGAAAAAGAUCUCAUCAGCAGCCUCUGACGAGCUACGGAGCUUCAAAAAUGCAGACGUGGCCUCGCAAAAUAAAGAAAACUCCUGGGCAGAGGAGCUUUCUAUCCCACCACCCCCACCUCCACCAGUCCACCUGUCUAUAACAGCCGCCCCUACAUUCUCAACCACUGCUGAAAGUAACCCUGGGGAGGCAAGACAAGCACUAAUGGAGGCCAUUCGCUCUGGCACUGGAGCAGCAAGGUUAAAAAAGGUCCCUCUGCUAGUUUGAAUCGUGGAUAAAGAACAAGUAAUUGGAAAAUAUAACCCCACAUGAUCCCAUGAUCAUAAUUCAAGGACUGAAGUGGCAAAGAACAUCAAGAAGUUCAGUUUAUUCCCCUGUCUACAGGCCAAAAUAAGUUGCAGUUAAUUUUCUGUUUGUUCCUGCAUAAUAGUUCUAAGGGAAAAAAUAUGUUGCUUUGCUGCACAGCUACUGUGCCAAGAAACUGCAUUUUGCCUCUGAAUAUUUAAAUUUGCCAAUAAACCAUUCUUGUUGGCAGGUUAAUAAGAAUAUAAACACUGUGUAGUCCUGCUUUAAUACUUAAUUAUGUUUAUGGGCUAAAUUAAAAGACUUUUUGCUAGCUCUCUGAAAUGUAACACUCAUUCAUUUUGAAGUUGUUUUAAAAUAUGUAACUGUUUCAAACAUUUAUUUGCUUCUUGCUCUUUGAUUUGGAAGACGGUUAUAAGCAGUAAGGGGGACAAAGUAGAAUAAAGAUCCAUAAAAAAUAAUCACAAGAAAAAAGUUAUGGUACAUUCUGAAAGGCCUUAAUUGCCAUAUACUGAAGUCACUGUUUUUUUCUAAUUAGGUGAACUCUUUUUCUAGAACAUUCACUAUACACGUAGUCAAUACUGAAUUUGAGGUGGUGUACUAUUGAGAAGUUACUUAUGGGAUAUAUGACGUAUAGAUACUAACUUGCAGAGAUAUACUGAACCCUAGUAACAUUUGUGAUGUUCUUCCAACAUUGAAAGAUUAAAUUAAGAAUAAAGGGACCUUCAUCUACAGCAAGGACUGUGAGGUUUUAAAAUGCUGCUUAGAGAUUCAAAAAAUAUGGGAGUCCUUCAUGCCCACCCAAAUGCAGCAGUGUUCACUCACAUCUGUAAGAACAGGACUAAGUCCCCAAGCUGGUAUAAAUUGAGUAUAAUCUGGUCCCUCUCAUUCUUCAUGGCUGUAGCACCCCGCUUCACAGGUAUUUAUAGUAGUAGAUUUUAAAAAUAUUAACUACUUUCGUAGUUGUCGUUGUAUAUAUUUUUAAAAUAUUUUGUUAAAUUUAAAUGAUAACUUAAAAAGGACAAAUCAAAUUGUCUUUUUUCAUAUUUCCUAUAUUGUAAUGAAACUGAGGAAGUGAAAGUUUGUACAUUUAAAUUUUUUAUAAUUACCAGACCGGAAUGGAAGUUGCUUGGUUUUUUUUCAGAGCUGGGAUUUAAAAACAUAGUUGUGUAAUGUAAUGUUAAAAAGGAGAGAGACUAUAUAGCCACCUGCACUUAGUUACUGUAUAUUAUAUAUUGUAAAAUACUGAUACCUGUUAGUGCCACAAAUAAAAAAAUGUUACAAGA